AUGGCGCGUAGGGCUCUAGUUAGAAUGAUUGUCAUAAUUUUGUAUGCUUUCGUCACUAUUUCUCAAGCGGAAAAUAUAAUAACAGUUGAUCAAUCCGGUAACGGUCAUUACGGUAAAAUACAAGAUGCUAUUGAUUCUGUUCCAUCAAACAAUAAGGAUCCUUUGACUAUUUCGAUCAAGCCUGGAACUUACAAAGAAAGUAUUACCAUACCUCCAGACAAGCCAUUCAUAACAUUAAGUGGUACUACUACAGAAGCAAGUGAUGUGAUGAUAACGUGGGAUCAGAGAGGGGACAUUGAUAAAGUUGCAACAUUUCAUGUUUCGGCUUCCGACUUCGUAGCGCGCUACAUAACAAUUCAAAAUACAUUCGGGCCUGGUCAUCAAGCAGUUGCGCUAAGGGUCUCCGGCGAUAGAAUAGCGUUUUAUGACUGCUCAAUUUUAAGUUAUCAGGAUACUCUAUUUGACGAAAUAGGCAGACACUACUACAAAAAUUGUUACAUUGAAGGAGUUGUUGAUUUUAUAUUUGGAAGCGCCAGUUCUUUCUUUCAAAAUUGUCAUAUACAUUCGCCUACAGGAGGAUAUAUUACAGCGCAACGAAGAGAAGCGUCAACAGAUAUUGGAGGGUUUGUGUUCUUUAAGUGUCAAAUUACUGGCAAAGGCGAAAAAACAUUUUUAGGAAGACCAUGGGUGGGAUCCUAUGCUAGGGUCAUAUUUGCCUACACUAACAUGGAAGAUGUGAUAGAACCACUAGGUUGGUCUCGUUAUUCUGAUGGAUCCACAGAACAAGAAUUAAUGACAAACUCAUUUUGUGGACAAUUCAAAUGCGACGGACCAGGAGCAACAACAUCCAACAGGGUUAAAUGGGCGCGAAAAUUCAGUGAGAAACAAAUUGCAAAUUUUUUGACAACAGACUUUAUCAAUGGAAAGGAUUGGAUAAAGUCUACGCCGGUAACAGCGUCGCCUCCACCUAAAAAGGAGACGCCGUCAUUGCCUCCAUCGGUACUGGAUACACCGCCACCCUCACCACCACCUCCCAUGAAGCCGUCUGCACCACCACCAGCACCGGUCAUCCCGGCACCUGUAAUCCCGUCUCCACCACCACAAGCCCCGGUGGUACCAACUUCCCCACCACCGGUGAUUCCAUUAGUUUCCCCACCAGCACCGGCGGUGAUUCCAUUAGUUUCCCCACCAGCACCCGUGGUGAUUUUAUCGCCGCCAGCACCAGCACCCGUGGUGAUUUUAUCUCCGCCAGCACCAGCACCCGUGGUGAUUUUAUCUCCGCCAGCACCAGCACCCGUGGUGAUUUUAUCUCCGCCAGCACCAGCACCCGUGAUCCCGUCGUCGCCACCACCGACAACGGCACCACCAGUGAUUCCGUUGUUGCCCCCACCGGCACCGGUGGUGAUUCCAUCGUCGCCCCCACCAGCACCGGUGGCGAUCCCGUCGUCGCCACCAUCGACACCCGUGACCCCGUGGUUCGCACCACCGGCACCGGUGAUACCGACGUUGCCACCACUGGUAAAUCCAUUUUCACCACCACCGGUACCGAUGAUUCCGUUGUUGCCCCCACGGGCACCGGUGGUGAUCUUCUCACCAGCGACACCCGUGAUCUCGUGGUUCGCACCACCGCCACCAUCACCACGAGAGAGGGUGAUUAUAACUCCGUGGUCGCCUCCACCAACAAACAUGGACGGCAGAGCUCAAGAAGGUGAACCUAUCAUCAUGUAUUAUUAUUCCUCGGGGGCAUCCUCUUCAAUCUUUAAGAAUUGUUUCAGCGGCAUUGGGACGCUGGCUCUAACCUCGGCAGUUUCACUAUACUUGUUGGCCUGAUCGAUUUUGAUUCACUGUGGAAAUCUCUCAACAAGCUAAAGCGGACUCCUGCUUCUACUGGGAGACCGAAGACGGAUCCAAUUGGAUAUUUGCCUUGCUUUCUUGGGA